AUGGCAGUCACCAAGGGAGAAGAGAAGGGCGAGUCCUCGAUGAGCGCGGCCAAGAAGGUGUUAAAAGCGAACGCUAAUGGAGUUGCAAAUUACGAAUUACCAUGGGUUGAGAAAUACCGUCCCGUCUUCCUUGACGACAUCGUGGGGAAUACCGAGACUAUUGAACGAUUGAAGAUUAUUGCAAAGGAUGGAAAUAUGCCUCAUGUAAUUAUCUCUGGUAUGCCGGGUAUUGGGAAAACCACAUCGGUCUUGUGUCUUGCAAGACAGCUCCUCGGAGACUCUUACAAGGAGGCGGUGCUGGAGCUCAAUGCAAGUGACGAGCGAGGUAUCGACGUUGUUCGUAACCGUAUCAAGGGCUUCGCGCAGAAAAAAGUCACUCUGCCACCAGGGCGACACAAAUUGGUCAUUCUCGAUGAAGCCGAUAGCAUGACCUCUGGCGCACAGCAAGCACUCCGACGUACUAUGGAAAUCUACUCUUCGACUACGCGAUUCGCUUUUGCAUGCAAUCAAUCGAAUAAAAUCAUCGAACCCCUCCAAUCCCGGUGUGCCAUCCUUCGAUACGCCCGUUUGACAGACGCACAGGUGGUGAAGAGGCUAUUACAGAUAAUCGAGGCUGAGAAGGUGGAAUACAGUGAGGAUGGAUUAGCCGCGCUGGUGUUCAGUGCAGAGGGCGAUAUGCGGCAAGCCAUCAACAACCUUCAGUCAACAUGGGCUGGAUUCGGGUUUGUGAGCGGAGACAAUGUCUUCAAAGUGGUCGACUCGCCACAUCCUAUCAAGGUGCAAACGAUGAUCAAGGCUUGCUAUGAGGGGAAGGUUGAUGCUGCACUGGAGACUUUGAACGAACUUUGGGAUUUGGGAUAUUCGAGCCACGACAUAAUCAGUACGAUGUUCAGGGUCACCAAGACGAUCCCCACCUUGAGCGAGCAUUCGAAGUUGGAGUUUAUAAAGGAGAUUGGGUUUACGCAUAUGAAAAUCCUGGAGGGCGUUCAGACAUUGCUGCAAUUGAGUGGGUGUAUUGCACGGCUUGCAAAGUUGAAUAUGGAUCCAAAAAAGUUUGUUGCGAAAUAA